AUGGGUGUCCCGAAUGCCCGAGGCGACAAUUACCGAAUGGCUACAGAAAAAAAGUCGAAGAAAAACCCAAAGAAAGAUGACUUGAACGAACUGAAACAGGAGCUCGACAUGGACGAGCAUCGGAUAUCGCUCGAUGAGUUGUAUUCCCGGCUAUCCACCGAUCCACAGAGUGGCUUGACUGCCGAACAGGCCAAGACUCGUUUGGAACGGGAUGGACCAAAUGCACUUACACCUCCAAAGACAACGCCAGAGUGGGUGAAAUUCUGUAAAACGUUAUUCGGCGGCUUUUCACUAUUGUUGUGGAUUGGUGCCGUUCUUUGUUUUAUUGCUUUCUCAAUUGAAAGUGGCACUCAUGAAGAUCCACCAAAAGAUAAUCUUUACCUUGGGAUUGUACUGUCAGUUGUCGUAGUGGUCACCGGUUGCUUCUCGUACUACCAAGAAUCGAAGUCAUCACGUAUUAUGGAAUCGUUCAAGAAAAUGAUUCCCCAGACUGCUUUAGUUAUUCGUGGUGGAGUGAAAAUUGAAGCACCAGCUGAAGCUUUGGUAGUUGGUGAUUUAAUCGACGUCAAGUGUGGUGAUCGUGUACCAGCAGAUAUACGAAUCAUUUCAGCUAGUUCAUUCAAAGUGGAUAAUUCUGCAUUGACUGGUGAAUCCGAGCCACAAUCACGUACAUCAGAAUAUACAAAUGAAAAUCCAUUGGAGACAAAGAAUUUAGCCUUCUUCUCAACUAACGCUGUUGAUGGUACAUGUCGUGGUAUAGUUGUUAGUACUGGUGAUCGUACUGUUAUGGGUCGUAUAGCAAAUUUAGCUUCAGGUUUACAAAUUGGUCAAACACCAAUUAAUAAAGAAAUUAAUCAUUUUAUUCAUCUCAUUACAAGUGUUGCUGUAUUUCUUGGUGUUUCAUUCUUUGUUAUUGCAUUCAUUUUGGGUUAUCAUUGGCUUGAAGCUGUAAUCUUCUUGAUUGGUAUCAUUGUAGCUAAUGUUCCAGAAGGUCUUCUAGCUACUGUGACGGUAUGUUUAACAUUAACCGCUAAACGUAUGGCUAGUAAAAAUUGUUUAGUGAAAAAUUUAGAAGCUGUUGAAACACUUGGAUCAACAAGUACCAUUUGUUCGGAUAAAACUGGGACAUUAACACAAAAUCGUAUGACUAUAGCACAUAUGUGGUUUGAUAAUAAAAUAUUUGAUGCGGAUACUACAGAUGACCAGUCAGUUGCUACCUACGAUAAAAAUUCACCAACUUGGAUAGCAUUAGCUCGUAUUGGCAUGUUAUGCAAUCGUGCUGAAUUUAAAGUAGGCGAAGAAAAUAAGCCAGUAUUAAAACGUGAAUGUAAUGGAGAUGCAUCGGAAUCAGCUUUGUUAAAAUGUGUUGAAUUAUCAUUUGGCGGUGUUACAGAAUAUCGUCGUAAAAAUCCAAAAAUUGCUGAAAUUCCAUUCAAUUCUACAAAUAAAUAUCAGUUAUCGAUUCAUGAAACCAAUGAUAGUGAUGAACGAUACUUAUUAGUUAUGAAAGGUGCACCUGAACGUAUACUUGAUCGUUGUGGAACUAUUUUAAUUAAUGGUAAAGAAGAAGUUAUGGAUGAAUCAAUGCGUGAAAAUUUUAAUAGCGCUUAUUUAGAACUUGGUGGAAUGGGUGAAAGAGUUCUCGGAUUUUGUGAUUAUCGUCUACCAUUGGAUACUUAUAAGAAGGGUUAUCCUUUCAAUGUAGAUGAACCGAAUUUUCCUUUAACCAAUUUACGUUUUGUCGGUUUAAUGUCUAUGAUUGAUCCACCUCGUGCAGCAGUACCAGAUGCAGUUGCUAAAUGUCGUUCAGCCGGAAUUAAAGUAAUCAUGGUCACUGGUGAUCAUCCAAUCACAGCGAAAGCUAUCGCUAAAGGUGUAGGGAUAAUUUCAGAAAGUUCCAAAACUGUGGAAGAUAUUGCAGCUGAACGAGGUAUUCCAGUUCGUCAGGUCAAUCCACGUGAUGCACAAGCAUGUGUAAUACAUGGAUCUGAUUUACGUGAAAUGACUCCAGCACAAAUUGAUGACAUUUUAUUAAAUCAUUCAGAAAUUGUAUUUGCACGUACUAGUCCACAACAAAAAUUAAUUAUAGUUGAAGGUUGUCAAAGACAAGGUGCAAUUGUUGCUGUAACCGGUGAUGGUGUUAAUGAUAGUCCAGCAUUAAAACAAGCUGAUAUUGGUGUUGCAAUGGGUAUAGCCGGUAGUGAUGUUAGUAAACAAGCUGCUGAUAUGAUUUUAUUAGAUGAUAAUUUUGCUUCAAUUGUUACAGGAGUUGAAGAAGGUCGUAUUAUUUUUGAUAAUUUGAAAAAAUCAAUUGCUUAUACAUUAACAUCGAAUAUUCCAGAGAUUACACCAUUUCUAGUGUAUAUUUUAGCGGAUAUUCCAUUACCGUUGGGUACAAUUACAAUCUUAUGCAUUGAUUUAGGUACUGAUAUGAUUCCAGCAAUUUCAUUGGCUUACGAAGAAGCUGAAGCAGAUAUUAUGAAACGUAUGCCACGUGAUCCAUUACAUGAUAAAUUAGUGAAUGAACGUUUAAUUUCAAUGGCUUAUGGUCAAAUUGGAAUGAUACAAGCAUCAGGUGGUUUCUUUGUUUAUUUUGUUAUUAUGGCUGAAAAUGGUUUUUGGCCAUCACGUUUACUUGGUAUACGACGUGAAUGGGAUUCUAAAGCUAUUAAUGAUUUAGCUGAUUCUUAUGGACAAGAAUGGACAUAUAAUCAACGUAAACGAUUAGAAUAUACAUGUCAUACAGCAUUUUUUGCUUCAAUUGUUAUUGUACAAUGGACUGAUUUAAUGAUUUGUAAAACUCGACGUAAUUCUAUAUUUCAACAAGGAAUGUGGAAUCAUCAUUUAACAUUUGGUUUAUUCUUUGAAACAACAUUAGCUAUUUUCUUAUCAUAUUGUCCUGGUUUAGAUAAAGGUUUACGUAUGAUGCCAUUGAGAUUUACAUGGUGGCUUCCAGGUCUACCAUUCAGUUUUCUGAUAUUUGUCUAUGAUGAAGUAAGAAAAUUCCUACUUCGACGGUUACCUCCUGGAUCAUGGCUUGAAAAAGAAACAUAUUAUUAGUUGUAGUUAUAGUAAAUCUCCUCUCCCCUUUAUUAUAUAUGAGUACAUAUAAAUAUAUAUGCAUUCUUGUCAUCUCUAUGUAUGUGUAUUGCACAUUUGUAGUUUAAAUGAAUUGAUUCUUUAUUUCUCUCUAUAUCACACUUUUCACGCAUACAUAUAUACACACACAUGCGCACACUACUACGAUGUCCUCUUGGAAAUAUUAACAUCUUCUGUAUUGAAACUAUUAAAUCCUGAUUUAGAUUAUUUGAAACCUUAUGAAGUUCUUUAUUUUACAUCACUCAUAUAUAUGUGUGUGUUUGUGCUUAUUCACUUGCUUGUGUAUUAUUAUCUGUGCUGUUUUCUAGUUAAUCAGUUGAUGAUAAUGAUGAUAAUGAUGAUGAUUACCUACAUUCUAUUUUUUCUUCCUUCACUCUGUAUUGUUCUCUUCUCUUUAUUUGAAUAACGUUCUUUCUGAAAUGGAUCAAACAAUUUGUGACUGAGAAUGUCAUCUUCUUAUAUCCUUCUUAUCAUUACCAUCUUUUUGAUUAUCAUUGUCAAAAUCGUUGCUAUACCUCUUAUUAUCAUAAAGUAGAAUUGAAACACAAUAUACAUUACAUGAUUAGUAAUAUAAUUAUUAUAAAGAAAUGCUCCUUAUCUUACAGUGAUUUCAUUUCAAGGUGGGUUCUUUCUAAUAUCAAUCUAUUUUUACCAUCAUCAUCAUUAUUGUCAUUACUGCUAUUCGAAUACUACUUACUACUACUACUACUACUACUAGUUAAAUUAGUGAGAUAAUCAGUAGUGUAAUAGGUGUGUAUUAUCUACUAGUAUUUGUAGUAGUAAUGACAAUUAUCAUUUAGAUACAUUUAUUAUUAUUAUAUUAUUUUGUUUGUUUGCUAGUUUUUCAUCGAAAUUUAAAUUGUCGCCAUAUAUAUUCAGAUAUAUCGAUACACCUCCCUCUCUUUUUUUCUCAAUUUCUUUCAAUGGUAGAUUGUUUCUUAACCUCCUUCUUCCCCUCCCUUGUUUUUGUUUCUUGUAUCGAUUAAGUUGAUUUUGUAUAUUUCACAUUGAUUUGUUUGUUUGUUUUCAUUUUUUUUUUCUAUGAAUAAUAAUUAUGAUUAUUUAGAAAAAAAAAUUGUUUUUGUUUUUUUUUCGUUUUUUUUUUCUCUCUGAAAGCGUGUGAAUUAGAUUAAAGAAGAAAAAAACAACAAGAAAAAAAAGGAAAGUAAAUUAUUGUGUUAUGAUUAUGAUUGUUUAUCAUUGUUAAUUGGAUAUUUAUGAAAGAUUAUGAUGAAUUGUUUUUCUUUUCUUUUUUUUUUGUUCUCCUAUUCCAUUGUUAUCCCUUUUUUCUUUGGCUUGAAUUACUCUCGUUUUCAUCUUUGUUGUGUGUAUGUUUGUAUGUUUCACUUUAUGGUCUGUUGAAAUUUUUUGAUAAUUUGAUGAUCGACAUUUUUGAUUGAAUGUUUAUAGACUUUGGUAUGUGUUUUUUUUUUGUUGUGUACUAUGAAUAAAGGAUUCUAUAAUGAUUUAUAUCUUGAAUGUUCAAGAACAUGUCCCCUCUCUCUCUCUCUCUCUCUCUCUCUUUGAUCCCCUCACACACACAUAUAUUAUUAUUGUGUAUUCAAUUGAUGAAUACAAUCAACUAUAAUCAUUAUGAAUAGAAUCUAUUAUGAUUAUCAUAAUUAAAAUAGUGUAUACAAGAUCAUAUUCUAUUUGAUUUAAUGCUAUAUUACAUCUACAUAUAGAAGUCACUAAUCAUUCAUUCAUUUUGUAGUAUAUAAUUCUAUUAUCUUAUUGUUAUUCAUAUCUUUAUUGUAUUGUUCCUUUUUUUCUCUCCCAUUCUCCCUCGCUUUCUUCCUUCCUUCCUAUCCUAUCCUAUAUCUGUUUCUCUUUUUUCAAUAAUUACGUAAUAGAAUAUUCAGUUUUGUUUUAACCAAAAACCUAUUCAUUUAAAACAAACAAUAUUCUAAUUCCAUAUUGAUAUUUAUAUUCUAUUAUGAUGAUUAUUCCAAUGAUUUAAAUAGUUAUUAGUUCAUGGUAAUUCUUUUUUUUUGUUAUUUUUCAAUUCUCAUAACUUGUCUAAUUUGGAUUUAUCACAUCUCAUUUGGUUUAUUUUAGAUAUAAUUUUUGUUUUAAAACAACAAAGAUUAUACAAUAGAUCAAUUCUUGUAUGUUUAGAUUCUCAAUAAAACUAGAUCUUGAUAGAGUGUGUGUGUGUGUGUGUGUGUAUUUGUUAUUUAGAUAUUUUAUCUUUUCUCCCUUAGUUCUACGUAUAUAUGCAGUGGAUAAGAGCAAGUUUGAGGAAUUUUUCAUUUCCAUGAUAGCAUAUAUAUAUAGUGUUAGUUAAGUAACUAGGUUAUUUCCCCCCGCCUUUUUUUUUAAAGAAUUAGAUCAAUAGUUUCUAAGACUACUCUAACUGAUUGAUUUUUUUUUGUUUCUUGCCCCAUUUUUUUCAGUUGUUGUUGUUGUUAAUAUGUUGGUAUUAUUGUCAUUGAUGGUUUAUUUUUUGUUUCAUCCAUUUCCCCGGCACCGCCCCUCUUCGCCCCCCCCCCGUACAUCUAAUUCGAAAUUACGUGAUUUUUUUUUAUUAUUGAAGUAUUAUUAUUACACAAAAAUGAUAUUAACUGUUAGCCAUAAUAGUAAUAUAUGUGUAUGUGUGUGUGGUUGUAAUAGAGGCUCACAUACGCACGCACACACACACACACGAGAUGAGGAAAUACUGAUCGUUCUUUUUUUUUCGCAUCCGUAUUCAUCCAUCGGUUUGUUCUCUUUUUUUUUAAAAAAAAUAAAAAAAAUUCGUCGUUCUCUCAUUCACUAAUUUUGUUUUUUUUUUCUUUUUUUUUCAUUACACAUUAUAUUUGUUUCUUGUUGAUUUAUUCAAUUGGGUUUUCAUUGUAGGAGUCUCAAUAAAUUUGAAUUUACAAUAAUUG